UUUGUUUUGACGCAUUCCACAACAACGUGUUAUCGGAACUGGCCGAGAGGGACCAUCUCACUCAAGUAUGGAUAUCCGAAAUCCUCCUGUACUGAGAGCUUACAUAUCAAGAGAAGGAAGACAUAUUUCAGUGUUACGAGAAAAUCAUGUGCUGUCGGUUUUUCGUUUUCAGCCCUCAGCUGAGAGUGAGCUAGUCAAACCAAUAUGGGAAGUUGAAAACGUACGAAGUACUAUUUGGCACCAUGAAGAAUCAAUGGUGCUUCUCAGCAAGAGAAAUGGAGAUUUGGAGUGUAAAUCAUUUAGAAGAAAUUCCCCUACCACAUCUAUGCGGCUGGCAGCUGAAACAUUAUUGAAACAUCUUAUUCUGAAGAGACUGGAGUUUGACAGCCUAAAACAAAUCUUGUGUUUGAGUUUUCAACGGCGGUUCUGUAUUCUACAAACUUCGGUAAAGCAAAUUGCUUGCCUAAGCUGGAAAUCAGACCAAGAGACUGAUAUUAUUUGGGCCCUAGAAGUGGGAGAAUUUGCAGUUUGGAGCUUUUGUGAUAAAAUAUUUGUAAACUAUGAACCACAUACCCAAAGUCUCCAUUUAUAUUCUUUGUUUGAGGGAAAGGUAAAGCAGACUGUUCAGCUAGAAUUUUCUGACAGCUUACCAGUAAGCCCUGUGAGACGAAUAUCAGCAGGUCCUGAUGGGAAAAUGUUUGUGAUCCUGACUGAUAGCCUUUUAGUUGGCAAGAAGAAACUCAGGCUCUUAUUACAAGAUGGAAAAAAUGUUUGUGAAAUCUCAAUGGGGACUAGCUAUAUUGCUGUGUUCACGCGACAACCUGAAGAAUACCUCCUUUUCAACCUUGCAACUUUUCAAAAGAUUUACUGUUGCAGUGUUGGUAUCCAUGAAACAAUUAUUUUUUCUCAGCGAUUUGAUCGAUAUGAUAAAGUAAUGAAAAACAAUUCCAUUCGUGACCUGAAAGAAUCGGAACGAGUCGACGUUACGGUCAGCAUCGAUGUUCGGGCGUCUUUGCUAGCCACUGCAAUCAAUUCGCAACAUUUGGAGAGCAUAGCAAAUAUCUUAAAGAUUGCUGAAGAGGGUGUCGAAGUUGAAAUUUGCCAUAUCCUACGUGUACUCGACAAUUUCCUGAUUACCAAGCUUGUUAACGGUGAAAGCGUUUCAACCAAGAACAGCUCUCAUCACCAAGUUUGUUCCAAUUGAAAAAAAAGUUCGACAUCUUCGUUUGGCCUUCAAGUAUUAGGGCUCAGCCUAGGAUUCGCCGGUCGAGCUUAUAAGAAAUUCCCUGAUUGUGCAACUAUUUUCAAUUUAAUCUUUGCGUGGCAAGAGCUAUUGCCCGUAAAGCCUCAGGAGCCCGCCAAUUUCGACGAAAAUGCAGUGUUUCAAGAAUUGACUACAAAAUGGCAUGGAUGGGAUGAAUACAGCAUAGUUAAAGACGCGCUUAUCCACAAUCAUCUUGCCUUAGCUCAGUACGAGCUAUCUAUCCGAGGUGAUUGCAAUUUCAGAGACUUGAAUUCGAUACGAAACGCCAUUAUAAGCGAAAUUCAGCAGGGUAUUGUGACGUAUGAUUUUCGAAUGAUUGACGAAGCGGAAACAAUGAUAAGAAAUCUGGGCUGUGAAGUUCCUGGAACAUGGGAGAAAAUCUGCCUUCAAGCCUCAGAUCCAAAAUCGAGAGAAAAACUGGUGGAAAUCAUGCAACAACGCCACCUAUGGACUGCGGAGUUAAUGAAUUGUUUGGAUUUCAUUACUUUCGCGGAGUGCUAUGUCAGAGACUCGCUGGGUAAUGUGCCCGUCUUAACUAUGGAAACUGUUUUGGGGUGGGACUCAAAACAAAGAAGUCUUUAUUUAGCAGAGGCCUUCCUACAAUCGAAAAACGAGCAAAUAUUAGCGAGAAUCCAGCCGGAAGAUGUUUGGCAAGUCAUGUUGAAUAAACAAAUUCUCUCGACCCUGAAGAAAUGGAUUGAGAAUCAGGCGCCGUCUAAUCAUUUUGUUGAUGAAAAUAUUCCGUAUAUCUGGCCAAUAAGUAACGCAAUGGUUGAUAUGGCUGCCGAAUGCAAAAACAACGACACGAGGGAUUCUGUCUUGAAUUUACUAGCCAAUCAAGGUGUCUUCGCCGAAUGCGAACAUCAGAAUCUCGUAGCACUCAUUGCACGUCUUCUAUCCAGCGGUCAAUUUCAUCAAAUGGAGAAUAUUGUUCGCAAGCCUCUCGCAAACGUUACGUUACAGUCGAUUAGGACUGCGGCCCUCGAUUAUUGUGCUCACGAGUUCAACCCGGAAUUGUUUUACGACCUUAUUUCCGAUGGAAACAAUGAUUUGAAUGAGCGCCCGACUUGGAUGAAGCUUGUUCAAAGAUUUCAGUCAUGGAAAUUGGACCCUAGCGAUUCCGACGGUUUUGUCGAACUGUGUCGUUUAAAUAAUACUCUUCUAAAGGAGGCGAAUCAUCUUACCGAAGAAGAAUUCUGGAUGAAGCAUCCCUUUGUGGCCUUAUUUUUCCACUUACUCAAUCCAAUCUUAAUUCCUGAUGGCAUUAUGUCAAAAGCCCUCAAGAGUCUGUCUAUGUUUGCGCAUGUUUGGGAUAAUACCGCCGAAGAUCCGUCAAUCCAUCAGUUGCUGGUCGGAGAAGUCCCUAUCAACGUGACAAAUUUUUUCAAAUGCUCUCAAAAAGAGUGGGCCUUGUUAGGAAACCCUCAUACUCCUCGGGCAGAAAAUACUCAUGAAACCAAUCAAGGCUUAACGACGUGUCUCGAUUGGACGUUUUACUUGAAACAGAGUCGGCCGUUCCGAGCGUUCUUCCACCUACAACAAACCGUCAAAACCAAAGAAGAAAUCGCAACCUACCCGUUUGUAAUCCAGGCCAUAGGCCUAGAAGAUCCGUGGAGUGAUGCCAUUUCGCGAUCGUGCAUUUUGUUGAUUGAAAUGUUGGGUUUCAACGCACAUCCCGUCAGAACUACUCUGGCCGUUUUGCAACGCCUCACACAAGAUCCGGCGUUAGAUCGGAAAAAUCUUGCGGAGCUCACCCGUGAUCUGUUAAUCGACUCUCUUGCAGCGCGUAGUCUGAUUGAGCUACUUGAAGAUAGCUUGUUGAAGAAUGCUUCCAAUGAUUCUGAUGCGGUUAAGCUCGUCGCGAGCUGGCAUCUAGCGAUCGAGUUCUGCACCGUCUACAGCCUCGGACUGCCGACUAAAUUUUUAAGUCAGUGCGCUAGCCGGAAUCAAUGGCUGAUUUUCCUCCUUUUCAUCCAGACUUACAACUAUCCAUUUGAAAGAUAUAUAGAAAUAAUUCGAGAGUUUUCAUCUCCGAUCAAGCUUCAUCUGCAAUUGUCCGUGAAACCGUCAUCCUCCGCAGAAACCAGCCAAACGUCUAGUAGCGUUUCCGCAAUCAAUGCGACUACUCCACACGAAACCUUCUACCAAUUACUGUUGCAAGGCUCCACCGAGAAUGCAUCUAAUCUUCUCACCUCCUCAUUGGUCAAUCGCAGUGUCGAACUUGCAGUUGUUACUGCUGUUUUGGAACCUCGUCUGAUUUACCCUUGCCUCUGCGUGUAUCUUUCAUUAAAUUUACACGAAAUUUCACCAAUGUUGGGGAACAACUCAACGAUGGCGAUUCCUGAUAUAGAAACGUUAAGCAACUUGGUACUGGAAGCUAUGAGCUCACAUCGAUUCCACAUUGUUUUGGAAGCUUUUAAUAUCUUCGUCCCUCACCAUUGGCUAAGCCGAAUGCUCAACUGGCUUGACUCCUUUAUGAAAGGUGAAAGCGAACGUGAUAAACUAGAACUAGUCCGUGAUGCCAUUGGCUUGUACGAAGAAGGUGACGAUAUGAUUUUAUUCCGCCAACCCAUGAAUCUCUUUCGCUUCGCUUUGCAUAUCUUGUCAUGGGCUCUGUGUUACCUUAUCGAGGACGCCGAUCAGCAGCAGGAUCUGUUGACCAUGUGGGCGGAUGUUCAACCGUUUGACUGUUUGGCCAUGGAUGUUUCAGUUCCUGAUUUCGGAUUAUUGGCAGAAAUAGUGACGCUGUGUGUCCAUUCCGGAAUCGAUGUGAACAUUGCCAAUUUGAUGCAAGGAAGUAACAGUUUGCAGUUCCAACAGGAAUGUUUAAAAGUUGUUGAAAUCCUUCUCGAUCAACGUAACUUUGACGUAGCUUUAAAGUUGGCCAAAAUUUCUGAUGUACCGGCGGAUUCUAUCUUUGUUACCCAGCUGCAUACAAUGUUCGAAAGUCAAACUAAUCAAAAUGAGGCACAAACGUCUUCGCUCCGCUUCAGGACAGCAUUUUGGAACCGCUGUCAUCAACUCUUAACUGUUCACCAUGUACGACCUGAUUUAGCUUCCACCUUCUUCCGGGACGUCUUGCCGAAAGCGCAAACCUCUUGGGAAUCUCAUCUGAUGAUAGAUCACGCACUGAAGUGGAUGCGACUUGUGAAACCAAUACGGAAAGAGGCCCUAGUCGAGCUGGAGGUGUUGUGGUGGCAGACGCGAAUAGAAGCCGAUCUCGAUAGUUCGACUCCCUCUUCGCUACUCGAUCUUCAACCAGACUCGCCGAUGUGUCCUCUGCUGAUGGAAAAAAUAAACGAAAUGGCAGAUGCGUUACCCUAUGCUCAACUGCAAUCAAAUUACAGCGACUCCUUUUUGGAGAAAGUCUCUGAAUGGAUUGGUCGAAAUCUCGAUGCUGAAGAAUUGGUUGGAGCCCUCAAACUUUCUUACAUGUUUCGCCGACAAAGUCCAGAUCUUCUCUUGAUCCUCUUCAUGAUUGAUCUAGUGGAGAACAACGCCGACAUGUCCAGGGUCAAAAGUAGACUACUGCAGAUCACUGCACUGAAAGAUAAAGAGGUCGAAUGGAAGGAUCGACAAUCGGUCAUUGAAUACAUCGACAAUGAACUGCUGAAGCACGGACAUGUACUCUGUCAUCGUCUCUUGGUUUUCCACCAAGUUGCAGUGAUCUUAGAUCUGAAUUAUGAAUAUGUUGUGGAACAUUCAAGGCCCAUAUCAAUCUUGAAGAUGUUGCUGGAAACACCGACUCAACCUUCUGGUCUCCAAUUGGCUAUCGGCGGACACCUCAACUUGGCUCGUAGUUGGAUCACCGCAUCUCGCAUUGCUGUGGCGCAAGUGGUAGACUUGGUUAAAGACGAGCUCAUUGAAGCUGCAGGUUCAGCUUAUGGGCAAGUGAGCACCGAAACCAACAUGGUGGUGUCACUACUCCGCGGCACGUUCAAUCGUUGGGUAACGCUCUGUGCCGAUCCCACUCAAUUAGGACGAGCUCUUUUGGAAGCGGCGCUAAAUCUUGAGGAAAAUAAUGAGUGGCCAGUCGCUGUGGAAUUGCUCAUAUUUUCCCAUUCUAGCUUCACACUCGCCUGUGACGUGGAAAACAUCGGCCAAAUUCUGAACCACGCCCGCAGUUUCAUCGACAAACUUCUUCUUGACCAACAAUGGAUCCUCAUCACUCGACUCACUACCGGUAUCCAGCGCUAUACCGAGAUGAGCUACGUCUUUGCACUUCUGAAAGAACACGACCAGUUCGAGUACCUUUUGCGCAAAGGGAUGGAUCGCCUUCCGCUUUUGCGACAAGCCCUACUCGAUUUCUUGAGACCCAACUGUGUAGAGAAUCGGGAGCUCUUUCGACUAGUAGCACUUCAUUUUCAUAUGCAUGCGGAAGUGGCUUUAAUGUGGCAGGAGGAGGCCAAUGGUAUGCUCCAGCCAGUCAUUAGUCAAGCGUUCAAAUCAAUUGUAAAGACAUCAAAGAAACCAACGGGAUCACCUUUACCUAAAACCUUGGAGUCGUCUCCAGUUAAAAGAUCAUCAACCAGUUGGUCACUUGAGGCAACAAACGUACCCACCUCCACCAAUUUACCGAUGCUUAAAGCUGGUGCUGAAAUGAAAAAGGUCCUAACGGCCGCCAUGCAUAAUUUAGCUCAUGCCACUGAAUACUUUCUACAGGCUGGUAAAUUGAAUCACGCUAAUCGGUGCGCACUUCAAGCGGAGUUGGUUGCUUUGCAAAUUCAUCUAGUCAGCCGUGCCGUAGACAGCCAACAGAUCUAUUGUAUCCUAGGGUUGAAUGCAUCGCAAGUAGACAUCCUCAUUUGCGAGACGCUCACGUAUCCAGAAGCGGAAAUCGUUUCACGCGGUUACGGUUUCAGUAUUACUUGGGGUAAAGCCUUAAUGCGACAUUAUGUCCUCAAUGACGGAGAGGAUUAUCUUGAGCGAUUUAUCCGUCGCCACACAAUCACACCGACUAUCGUUGAAGAGGUAGUCGCUGCGUUUGAGCUGGAAUCGGGGUUCAGCAAAAAAUCGGAAACAUUGGACCGUUUAGCACGGCUGGUCUCCAUGUUGACGGAUGCCGAAGUGAAAUAUCGACUUGCUUCGCGUUUAGGUCUUAGACAUCUCGUUAGCGAAUUACUGUCUUCGUCCGCACUCCCAUAUCUAAGAGACACGGCGUGGGGAAAAAAGGCCAAUCAAGACUGAGAUAUUCCAUUAAGAUUUUUCCAAAGUUAAGUCCUGUAUUUUCCAUUCGUUGCGGUAUUAAGUUUGAUUAAAAUUUUUAAAGUUG